UCGUGAUUAUCCCGAGGCGAGAAACCCCGGUGCCUCCGUACUGGAGCUGUGCAGUGUGUUUGUGCAUCCCGAUUUUCCAACGUGAAGUCCUGCUUGUGAUUUGUGUUAAUUAAUUCGUUGUUUGUCAAUUUAUUUAAGAUACAGAAGGAGGAUGGCGUAUAACUCCUCGGGUGAUCCUAUGGAUAACUUUCAGUAUCAGUACCAUCAUUCUUACCAUUAUAUAUCCGAUGGAGGCACAAUUGGGGGUGAUGAAUCGAACUUCUGGCCAAACAGCCCGUCAAGAUCAGAUUCACCAUCACCAAACAACAUGCAAAACAUCGGAAACACGUACCAAAUAUUUACACCAGUCGGAUGUUCCACACCGACACACAGAUACACCCCUUACAGAUCAGGAUAUGCUACAAUGUCACCAGAUUCCGAUAUACCUACUCACAUACCCGGUUCAUUUGUAAGGGUUGUUAAGAGGCGAACGACCGCGAACAAGAAAGAACGACGAAGGACGCAGAGCAUCAACAACGCGUACGCGGACUUAAGGGACUGUAUUCCGAACGUACCUGCCGACACCAAAUUAUCAAAGAUAAAGACUUUAAGGCUGGCCACUUCGUACAUAUCAUACUUAACAAGGGCACUGGAAACAGACGACCCAGCGGGCGGUUUCAAGGCGGAAUUGGGCUCGAUUUCCCGAAAAUCGAACUCAAAUCCGGUACAAGUGAACGAUUGCACCCCCGGUCAAGCGUCACCCCGAAGCGACAGUUCGGAAGACCUUACGAACUCGAGGAAGGCUAAGGGACGCACAGGUUGGCCGCAACACGUGUGGGCGCUGGAACUGAAACAAGAACAAAGUCUGUGAAAAUGAAGUGGAAUUUGCCAAGCUGAAGAUAAAUGUAGGUUUUAGAGCUCCUCUUAUCUCUAUUGUUUGCAAUGGCGCCAAGUAAAAGGAAACUGCAACUCCUCAAAAUGUACAAGUACUGUAACAUCUAUUGUAGAGGUUUGUUUCAUCCCAUACAGAUAAAUUCAAAGUAAAUUCCAAAUUGGUGAACGUAGAGUUUCUUGUAUCGGUUUAUUGUGUAUACAUCCAUGCCAUAAAUAAUAUUUUAUGUCCCAAUAAAUACUACUGUCUAUUAAAAUUAAAGUUUGAUGCGUGUACAUUGGAUGUAGAUUUCUUUUUAUCCGGUUUUGUAUCUUUAUUAUGUAGAGGUUUCCUGAAAUUGUGUAUAAUAUAUCUAUUUUAGUCUUGAUUAUACCAGAUGGCCCCUCUUAUGUAUACAUUUACCUACACCUUUAAGACUUUUAUAUAUUAUAAUUAUAGUACUGUAUUUACUUUAUCGGAUUUGUUUAUGUUUUUUACUUUUUAUUUAUAACCAAAGAAAAUUAUAUUGUA